CACACUUUAUAAAGCUCAUAAACUUGUAGGUUGAUGAGCAGCUACUACUUUGGAUUCCUUAUUGCUGCUUUCUUCAGCACAAAAAACCAAGGCUGAACAUUAAACCUGCUCUUUGGAACUGAGCAUUUAUCACUGUGAGACAUGAAGAGCUUCCUGUUUUUCACCAUCCUCCUGGUACCAGUGCACAUCGGAACUGCUUGGAGUGCAAAAUAUGCAGUUGAUUGCCCCGAACCUUGUGACAGUAAUGUGUGUAAAAGUACUUUGCGCUGUAAGCGAACAGUGCUUGAUGACUGUGGCUGUUGCAAAGUCUGUGCUGCAGCCUUGGGGGAGACUUGCUACCGCACUGUCUCAGGUAUGGAUGGUGUCAAAUGUGGGCCUGGGCUGAAGUGCCAGUUUUACACUGAGGAGGAUGACUUUGGUGAUGAAUUUGGUAUCUGCAAAGAGUGUCCUUAUGGUACCUAUGGAAUGGAAUGCAGAAAAACUUGUAACUGCCAGUCUGGUAUAUGCAACAGAGUAACUGGAAAGUGUUUGAAGUUCCCAUUUUUCCAACUUUCUGCUUCAAAGCCACCAAACAGACGAAAAUUAAUCUCACAUACAGAGAAUGACAUGGCAUCGGGGGAUGGUAACUCUGUAAAGGAGGAAUUUGUCAAAGAGAAAGUAAUUAGCUCUCCAGUAAUGAAAUGGUUAAAUCCUCGCUGAUAUUUACUUACAUUGGUAGGACUUUCAAAUGACCGCAUUUGUCACACAUUAUUGAAUACGCAACAACACACUUUAAAACAAAGUGCAUCUAUAACAUAUGAAAAUGUAACCUCUGAAGACCAAUUGUGAUUGUGUGCAUCGUCAGAAAAAAUGUUUACUUACAAAAUAGACUGUACAGUUUAUAUGAUUUUUGAUGCUUGUUUUGAGAAGUAUUUGAACACGAAAAUGUAUCAUGGAUGGCUGAAUGUAUAGUAAUAUUGAAAACCAACACCUCCCCCCACUGGCAUUUGAACAAUGCGUAAGGGCCCGUUCCUGCAUUCCCCAUGCAAGGAAAUUCCUUUUGAAUUCAAUGGAUGUUUUGCGUGAGUAAAAGCUGCUGACGUGGAGCCAACGUUAGGGUGAUGCAAGUUGACAAAAGCUUGGAAAUGCAAAGUUAAAAACUGAUGCCCUUGAGUCACCGCAGCAAGAAUAAUACUACUGGAAAGGGCACAAUGGUGUGAAUUCAAUAAAUCCACCUUAACUUUGAAUAUUCUGUCUUUUGUUAGUUUUGUGACAAUUAACAAGAUGUAAACAUUACUUUAAGCCAGCAGUUCUCAAACUGUUGGUUGGGACCCCAAAGUGGGUUGCAACCCCAUUUUAAUGGGGUUGCAGAGCCAGCAUUAGACUUGCUGGGACCCAGGGCUGAAGCCCAAACCCGAGCUCCAUCCCCACCCAGGGCAUCAGGACUCGGGCUUUGGCCCCUUAAUCCUCCACCCAGGGUGGCGAGCUAGGGCUCCACCCCCCCCUUCCAGUCACAUAGUAAUUUUGCUGUCAGAAGGGGGUCCUGGUGCAAUGAAGUUUGAAAACUGCUGCUUUAAACUCAUCAUUUGAACUUAUACAAUGUGCAUUACUUACCUGGCAUUAUGUAAAAACACAUACAAUGUUAAAAUAUAUUCCCAAGAGUGUUUUUUGUGUUCAAUAGCCUGCAACGGCCCUGGAGGAGUACUGGAGCAUAAAUGUGCAUUAUAAAUAACCCAUGUCAGAGAUUCUGGAGACACUAGGACACUUUAGUGCCUAAUUCUUCAUCCCCUUCUUAGUGCCUAAUCCUUCACCCCCAUCAUCCCCUUAAGGGGUUGCAGAAGUUGCCAACUACUCAGUCAGUCCAUAUAUGGUUAUGUAUCAAUAUGGCAUAAAACAGCAUAAUGUUUAUAUAGGCUCACCUUAAGACCUACUUAUAUAAUAGCCAUUACUGCCUGUGUCACAGAAACCCAUUUGGAAAAAUCAAUACUUUGUGGUUUUACUUAAAAAAAGAAAAAGAGACAGAUUCUUAGAUAGUGUAAAUUAAUCUAGCUCCAUUUAAAUCAAAGGAACUACUUUGAUUUACAUAUCUGAGAAUCUGGCUCAUAAAAUAAAUUGGUCUAAUUGGAAACCCGGCCUGGUUUCCAUUGAAAUUAAUGACAGGUUUCA